AUGGUGUUGGAAACAUACAGGUGCACUACCUAUGAGUCUGGGGUUAUUUCUAGUUCACUUUCAACACUGGAUGGGAUAUUGGGAUUUAGCCAAGGGCCUUUAUCCGUUAUAUCGCAGUUGUCAUCUCGAGGGUUGACUCCCAAAGUGUUCUCUCAUUGUUUGAAGGGAGAUGAAAAAGGAGGGGGUAUACUUGUUCUUGGCGAGGUUCUGGAGCCAAGUAUUGUUUACAGUCCUCUUGUUCCACCACGGCACCAUUAUUAUUUAAAUCUGCAGAGCAUUGCUGUCAAUGGGAAAAUCUUGCCAAUUGAUCCAGCAGCCUUCACAUCACACGACAGAGGAACUAUUAUCGACUCAGGAACAACAUUGGCAUACCUUGUUGAAGAAGCUUAUGUUCCUUUUGUUCGUGCGAUAACUUCAGCUGUUUCACCAUCCCUGACUCCCUUCAUUUCAGAAGAAAACCAGUGUUAUCAAGUAACCACUAGUUUGGCUGAGGUUUUUCCUGCAGUUAGUCUAAACUUUGCUGGUGCAUCAAUGGUGUUGAAACCAGAAGAGUACCUUACACAGCAUGUAGGCAUUGGUGUGUGGUGCAUUGGUUUUCAAAAGGCUCAGGGAGGGGUGACAAUUUUAGGAGAUCUUGUUCUAAAAGAUAAGAUAAUCGUGUACGAUGUAGCUCGUCAACGAAUUGGAUGGGCGAACUAUGAUUGCUCAUCACAUGUAAAUGUCUCCAUACCUUCUAGCUAUGCUCCACAUCGGAGUGAAAGCAGAUCACCAUCAGGAGAGAUGGUAUUGAGCGUGCUAACAAGGGCAUUUGUGGUGAUGUACAUGUUAGCAUAA